AAAAAAAAAAAAACAGAAAAACAAGUUUUAACAUUCAGUUUAGCUUGGUUUUGCUUACUUGCUUUGUCAAGAUGAUCGCUAAAAUGCAGUCUCUCCCAAUUUUCAAUACGAAAAUGUCUAAAAUAUUUUUAAAUAUUAUUAUAAUUCUUAUUAUACAGUGUAUCAUUCCAACAUCUUCAAUACGAUUACCUAGAUCAUUGAUACUCAAAUCAACUGAUACAAAACUCGAUCAAGAAAAUAAUAAAAAUAUCAACGAGCCAACUUACAAAUAUGUCAUCAAGAAAUUUCAAGUUCCAGUUGAUCAUUUUAGUUUUUCAUUGAAUGAUACUUUUGAAAUACGUUAUUUAAUAAAUGACACAUGGCAAAAAGGUAACAAUCCACCAAUUUUUUUCUACACUGGUAAUGAAGGAAAAAUUGAAGUUUUUGCUGAAAAUACUGGAUUUAUUUGGGACAUUGCUGAUUCAUUUGGAGCAAUUGUUGUAUUUGCUGAGCAUCGUUACUAUGGUGAAUCAUUGCCUUAUGGUAAUGAAUCAUAUUCAAAUGUUAAAAAUCUUGGUUAUUUAACUUCCCAACAAGCCUUGGCUGAUUAUGUUGAUCUAAUUGAAUUUUUAAAAUCAAAUAAUAACACAAAAAAUAGUCCAGUUAUUGCAUUUGGUGGAUCAUACGGUGGAAUGUUAAGUGCAUGGUUUAGAAUGAAAUAUCCACAUAUAAUUCAAGGAGCAAUUGCUGCAUCAGCACCAAUACUACAAUUUACUGGUGUCACUGAGUGUAAUGCAUUUUAUCGUAUUGUUACAUCAGAUUUUAAAGCUGUAAAUAAAAUUUGUUCAUUGGAAAUUAGCAAAUCAUGGAAUGCAAUAAAUAAUAUAACAUCAACUGAUGAUGGAAAAAAAUGGUUGUCAUCAAAUUGGAAACUUUGUAAGCCAUUAAAUAGCACAACUGACAUUAAAACACUCAAAGAUUGGCUGAGCAAUGUUUAUAUAAAUUUAGCAAUGGUUGAUUAUCCAUAUGAGACAAAUUUUUUAGCACCAUUACCAUCAAAACCAAUAGCUAAAUUUUGUCAACAUUUGAUGAAUGAAACAAAAACAGAAAAAGAAACAUUACUAUCACUUAAAAAUGCUAUAAAUAUAUAUGCAAAUUACACUGGUAAAACUGAUUGUAUUGAGACAAAUGAUGCUGCACCAGAUUUAGGAGCAACUGGUUGGUAUUAUCAAGCAUGUACAGAAAUGGUAAUGCCAAUGUGUAGUGAUGGUAUUCAUGAUAUGUUUGAAAUACAACCUUGGAAUUUUGAUGAAUAUUCAAAUGAUUGUCAAAAAAAAUAUAAUGUUAAACCAAUUGAAAAUUUAGCUUGUAAUACAUAUGGAUGUAAAGAUUUAAGUACAGCAAGUAAUAUUGUAUUUAGUAAUGGAUUGCUAGAUCCAUGGUCAAGUGGUGGUGUGCUACGUAAUCUUUCAUCAUCAUCAAGUGCUAUUAUUAUACCUGAAGGUGCACAUCAUCUUGAUUUACGUGGACAAAAUAAAGCUGAUCCAUAUUCUGUUAUUCAAGCACGUAAUUAUCAUAAAUAUUCAAUUAAUAAAUGGAUCAAACAAUAUCGUUUAUAAGCUAGAAUAAUAAUUAUUUAUUUUUAAUAAAUGCAAUACAGUUUUUUAUUAUAUUCAAGCUAAAUAAAGAAACAAAAAAAAACAAGUAUAAAUAAAUAUUUUAAUAAUAAUACUGGUGCAACAAAGGGAACUAGUUUUUUUUUUUUUAAAUAAAUAAAAUCACGACAAGUGUGUGUGUGUUUAAAACACAAUUAAUAAUAUUGAUAAUUUAUGAAUGUGGAGUUCUUCGAUGUGCUGUUGUUGGUCUAGGUACACCAGAACGUCCACGUAUUUUUUUUUGUUGAUUAAAAUUAUUAUCUGUAUCAUUAUAAGUUAAAUAAAUAUUUGAUAUAUCAA